AGGGGAUUUUGGGGUCAGCAGAUAUGAAAUGAACAACUUCACAGAGCUGUCACAGAGCUGUGAUGGGAAUUUCCCAAGAGACCCCGCCCCCGGCUGAGUCACUCCAGUCCUAUGUUUGACCUGAAGUCCUCCAGAGCUGCAGAAGCCUGAAGACCAAGGAGUGGAAAGUUCUCCAGCAGCCCUGAGAUCUCAAGAGUGACAUUUGUGAGACCAGCUAAUUUGAUUAAAAUUCUCUUGGAAUCAGCUUUGCUAGUAUUAUACUUGUACCAGAUUUCAUCAUGGGAAACAGCUAUUACAACGUAGUAGCCACUCUGUUGCUGGUUCUGAACUUUGAGAGGACAAGAUCAUUGCAGGAUCUGUGUAGUAACUGCCCAGCUGGUACAUUCUGUGAUAACAGGAAUCAGAUUUGCAGUCCCUGUCCUCCAAAUAGUUUCUCCAGCGCAGGUGGACAAAGGACCUGUGACAUAUGCAGGCAGUGUAAAGGUGUUUUCAAGACCAGGAAGGAGUGUUCCUCCACCGGCAAUGCAGAGUGUGACUGCAUUUCAGGAUAUCACUGCCUGGGGGCAGAAUGCAGCAUGUGUGAACAGGAUUGUAAACGAGGUCAAGAAUUGACAAAAAAAGGUUGUAAGGACUGUUGCUUUGGGACAUUUAAUGAUCAGAAACGUGGCGUCUGUCGACCCUGGACAAACUGUUCUUUGGAUGGAAAGUCUGUGCUUGUGAAUGGGACCAAGGAGAGGGACGUGGUCUGCGGACCGUCUCCAGCCGACCUCUCUCCAGGAGCAUCCUCUGCGACCCCGCCUGCCCCUGCGAGAGAGCCAGGACACUCUCCGCAGAUCAUCUUCUUUCUUGCGCUGACUUCGACUGCGGUACUCUUCCUGGUGUUCUUCCUCGUGCUCCGUUUCUCUGUUGUUAAACGGGGCAGAAAGAAACUCCUGUAUAUAUUCAAACAACCAUUUAUGAGACCAGUACAAACCACUCAAGAGGAAGAUGGAUGUAGCUGCCGAUUUCCAGAAGAAGAAGAAGGAGGAUGUGAACUGUGAAAUGGAAGUCGAUAGGGCUGUUGGGACUUCCUGGAAAAAAAGCAAGGAGAUACGAGUCAUCCCGCUAUCACAGCUUUCAAAAUCAACAACACCAUCCUACAAAUACCCAGGAUUCCCCCAACACAUGUUCUUUCCUCAAUGCCAAUGAGUCGUCCUUUAAAAACACACCACUUCUUUUUUUUUUUUGGACAGGGUCUCACUCUGUCACCCAGGCCGGAGUGCAGUGGCACCAUCACGGCUCUCUGCAGCCUUGACCUCCGGGAGCUCACGUGAUCCUCCUGCCUCAGUCUCCUGAGUAGCUGGAACUAUAAGGAAGAACCACCACACCUGACUAACUUUUCUGUUUUUCGUUUUGGUAGAGAUGGCAUUUCAUCAGUUGUCCAGGCUGGUCUGAUACUCCUAGGCUCACUUUGGCCUCCCAAAGUGCUGGGAUUAUGGACAUGAGCCGCCAUGCCCGGCCAAAAUAAUGCACCACUUUUAACAGAACAGACAGAUGGGGCCAGAGCUGGUGAUAAAAAAGCAUUUUCUAGAUACCACUUAACAGGCUUGAGCUAGUUUUUUUGAAAUCCAAAGAAAAUUAUAGUUUAAAUUCAAUUAUGUAGGCCAGUGGUCCAACUACAAUGAUAAUCAAAAUCAGUGCAGGUUUGUGUUUUGGUGCUAAUAUGACAUAUGACAGUAAGCCACAAGGUGCAGUAGUACCCCAGCUAAACUUUCCAUUGGUUCUGUCAUGUAACAUGACAUGCUUCACCGUCAGGGGAGUAUGAGGAGACUGCCUGAAUUUGGGGUCAAGGGCAAAAAACCUCAGGCCUGGAGGAAGUUUUGGAAAGAGUUCAAGUGUCUGCAUAUCCUGUACACCUUCUGCCUUUGUCCUGUUCCCUUUUAAGCCAGUUUAUAUUCUAAAAAUUCUUAACUUUUAACAAAAUAUUUUAUAUAAAAGCCAAUAAAUGAACCACAUA